AUGAUUGAGAAUGAGAAGCAGCAGCAGCAGCAGCAGCAGCCCAAGGAGAUGUCUGCUUCCUCGAGAGCCAGAAGAGAAGGUAGAGAUGGGGGCUUUUCCUUUCAGAUCACAACCACUAUAAUCUUCUUCUUUUCCAUGUCCUUCUUUGUUCUCUUCAUGGGAAUGUUCAUUUCUGAUCAUGUCAAGAAAUUUGUUCUCUCCCAGGAUUUCUACUUUCCUCAGUUCUCUCCAUCUUCUACUACUACUACUUCUUGGCCUCGUACUACUUCAUUGACUGCUACUCCUUUAUGUAACUAUUCUUCUUCAUUGAAUAGUAAUUCUACCAUGACAACAAGAAGGACAAGGACAACAAUGAAGGGACUGGCAGACUGGGUAGCCCCUAAAGAGCAGCAGCUAUGGCACUCGAUGAGAGACAAAGAGCUCAUGUGGCUGGCAUCUAUGUCGCCCCUUGUCGAAGACUACCCCUUCAACCGGACUCCCAAGGUGGCUUUCAUGUUCUUGGCCAGGGGGAGACUCCCACUGCAACCAAUUUGGGAGAGGUUCUUCAAAGGACAUGAUGGGUUGUUCUCCAUUUACCUCCAUUGCCCACCUGGUUUUAACGAGGAACCAUCUGAAUCUUCUGUGUUUUUCAAGCGUAGGAUACCAAGUCAGCAAGUCCAAUGGGGAACAGCAACAAUGAUAGAUGCAGAGAGGCGGCUAUUAGCCAAUGCACUCCUCGAUUUCUCUAAUGAGAGAUUUGUGUUACUCUCCGAGACAUGCAUUCCUGUCUUCAACUUCACUACUGUCUACAACUAUCUCAUCAACUCCAAUCACAGCUUCCUUGGCUCAUUCGACGACCCACGCCCCAUGGGGCGUGGCCGAUACAACAAGAGGAUGUGGCCAAUUGUAUCGUUGUCCGAUUGGCGCAAAGGGUCCCAGUGGUUUGAAGUGAACCGGAAGCUCGCAAUUAAGAUAAUAUCUGACCAAAAGUAUUACCCGGUCUUCCGAGAACAUUGCAGGCCUCCAUGUUAUAUGGAUGAACAUUACUUGCCAACCCUAGUGACUAAGCUCCACCCGGAGCUGAACUCGAAUAGAAGCCUCACUUGGGUGGAUUGGACAACUGGUGGUUCGCACCCAAAAAGAUUCGUCCGAAGAGAUGUUUCCGAGUCAUUGUUGAACCGGAUUCGGAGUGGUUUCAAUUGUUCUUACAAUGGUAAUUAUACUACUUCAAUCUGCUUCCUCUUUGCAAGGAAAUUUCAUCCCAGCACUCUGGAGCCAUUGUUAAGGAUUGCUCCAACAAUGCUUGGUUUUGAUCCUUAAAUUGAUUAUAGUUUGUAAUUUUUGUGAAAUGAUCAGAA